UGCGGGGUAUAAACAUUUAAGUGAACCCGGAAGAAAUAUGCAUUUGUUGCAUGAAUAUUACACUUGUUAUCGAAUCGAUUUGUAAUACUUUAUGAUAUCUCAUGGAUAAGGAAAAAGAGGGGCUUCCGCUGCUCCAUGAAGAACUCAAGGACAGUCCGCUGGAACGCUGGAAAUCUCGUGCGGCAGUUCUAAGUAUUUUACUAAUUUUGUUCUGUGAAAGACUAGCGUAUUAUGCCAUCACUGUAAACCUUGUGGCAUUCUGUGAUGAUAAAAUCGAAGAGGGCAGCGGACUGACAGUUGCUUUGCUUUUUCAAGGAACUGCGUUUUUCUUGCCUUUGGUCCCUGGAAUUAUUGCAGAUACCCUCCUGGGCAAGAAGAAGUUGCUUACAAUAUGUCUCCCUGUGUAUAUACUUGGUGGAAUAUUUCUGACGAUUGCCGGGGACAUAUAUCAGGAACAGGUAGGUAUAUGUAUGUAUACUUAUGUAUAGUGCUAAUGUAUGUAGUAUUGUUAUCAAUAUCCAUAUUUAUGAUAAUGAGAGAUUUUACCCUAUUUUGGGGUGUCAUGCAGAGAUUAACCUGAUCUUGUUCAGAUGUCAGUGAAAUCACCUGGCGAUGCGGCAAGUGAAUCAACCAUUGGUUUAACGUUCUCUGCUCUGUGGGAACUAGCUGUAAACUUUCCUUUACAUUUCAAAAGUAAAAUAAGUAUCUGUUAAUUUUGGGUUCUUUAGUUAUCGGAAAAGAUUUUUUCUGUGUAAACUAAGCCAAAUUAAGAAAAACUGAUGUAUGAGCUACUGGAAUGCCUAAGCUAAGUGGGCAACUUAUGGCGACGCAUAUCAUAGUUGUAUCAAAUACGAACUUGAUAAAUGUGAUCAGGAUGAAACUAUAACAUUAAUAUUACUACCAUUUCUCUUUUCAGUAUGUUAAGGCACAUUGUGAGAGUUAUAAGUAUAGUAUUGCUUUGUAUAUUUGCACAUCCAAUUGUGGGACGCUUCUCUGCCUAGAAAACGCUCUUUGUCACCUUUUGCCAACAAGAAGACUUGUAAAACAGAGAUUAUAUACUGUGCAUGUAUACGCAUAGUCUCAACAGCCCGUGUUGGUUGAAGACGCAAUGGGGUCGUGAACCAGUCAAUUUUUACUAGUCUUUUACAAGUUUGAAAGGCACAUAAAGCUUAUGGAGUAAUUUUGGUAAAUGCCAUUCGUUUCAGAACACCCGGGUCGGUUUGUAUUACACGGGUCUAUCUCUGUGUGCUGUUGGCGCAGCCUGUGUUAAUUCUGUGAUUACUCCCUAUGGAGCGGACCAGAUUGACACGAAAUCUGCACAAAGAUCUUUC